AUGUCCGCCGACACGCCCCUCCUCGACCCCGCCAUCUUCGCCCACCUCAAGGACAAGCUCGAGGAAGAGACCCAGGUCCGCGACACCCUCACCCAGAUCGUCCAGCGCCUCGAGCGCGCCGUCGCCGCCACACAGGGCCUGCUGUCGCGCGUCCACUCCACACCCCGCGCCCGCUUCCCCGCCCUCGUGGCUCAGCUUGAGGAGGCUAUCAAGGAGGAGGUGACCAUUGUGGGCGAGCUCAAUGGUGUAGCCAGCCAGCAACCUUACUACAAGUACAACUCCAAGUGGGCGAGAUCCGUCCAGAAUGCCAUUGGCACCGUCAUCUACUGCGGCUGGCUCGGCGGCCUAGGCAACGACUCCCAGCCUGGCGAGCUUGGCCGCCUGCUGACCCUCGAGCAAGUCGGCGAGAUCUUCAACGUCCCCACCAACCUCAAGGACCGCGAUGCCUUCCACCUCACCAUCGAGGAGUACCUUCUCUCCCUGACGGACCUCACCUCAGAGCUCGCCCGCCUGGCCACCAACGCCGUCACCCACGGCGACUUCGAGCUGCCACUCACCAUUAGCGCCUUCAUCAAGGACUUGUUUGCGGGCUUCCAGCUGCUUAACCUUAAGAACGACAUCUUGCGGAAGCGUGCUGAUGCUGUCAAGUACGACGUCAAGAGAGUUGAGGACGUGGUCUACGACCUCAGCCUGCGAGGGCUGAUCAAGAGGCCUGGUGAGGGUGAUACUGAGAUGGCUGCUGCAGAGUAG